AUAAAGGCAGAUAGCGGACCAUGGGGAGCAGGGGAAAACUUUUUUAUACUGACAUGUUAGCGCAAUGACUUCUGAGUAACAUCUAACUGGGACGAGGCUCCCGGCGUGAGGAGGACAGGAGGCCCUUUACGGCAAGAAAGAAGGAGCACUUGCCAUCUGCCGGGGUGCGGGGAACGAAAAGUAAGACGGCAGAAGAGUUGAGACCAGUCCAAGAACCAGCGGUGGAAAAUCCAGUUCAGCCAUUUGAAUUUGAAAGAUGAGCUUGCUGUCUGCCAUAGACACGAGUGCCUCCGUGUACCAGCCCGCGCAGCUCCUCAACUGGGUCUAUCUCUCUUUGCAAGACCCCCACCAGACCAGCGCCUUUGACGCGUUCCGACCCGAGCCCAACUCUUCCCACCCGGAUCUCAAUUUCAGCAAGACUCCCGCAGCGGCGGACCUGAGCUCUUCCCUCAACUCCAACUAUCUCAACAACUUCUUUCAGCUGCAGCGGAACGAGGCCUUAAACAACAACGUGUAUAAGAAUGUGUCGCCCUACGGCUCCCUGAACAACAUCGUCGAUGGGCUCAACUCCCUGACGGACCACUUCUCGGACCUCUCCCUUUCCUCGGAGCCGAGAAAGCCCAACAAAAGACCCCCGCCCAACUACCUGUGCCACCUGUGCUUCAACAAGGGCCAUUACAUCAAAGACUGCCCUCAGGCCAGACCCAAAGGCGAGGGUCUGACACCCUACCAGGGGAAGAAGAGAUGUUUUGGAGAGUACAAGUGCCCCAAGUGUAAGAGGAAGUGGAUGAGCGGCAACUCCUGGGCCAACAUGGGACAAGAAUGUAUCAAAUGCCACAUCAACGUCUAUCCACAUAAGCAGCGUCCUUUAGAGAAGCCGGACGGCCUGGAUGUUUCCGACCAGAGCAAGGAGCACCCGCAGCACUUGUGCGAGAAAUGUAAAGUCCUGGGCUACUACUGCCGCCGUGUGCAAUAAUCGUCUAUAUCCAGAGUCAGAGAGCCGACUCGUGUCCCGAGCCCCAUCGCUCACCCUCCAUCAGGGCUGCAAAACUUGCUCUCUUGCCUGGGUUUUCCCACGUCCCCGCCAUGCACACAAAAUGGCUUCCUUUUUCCUCCUCACAUCUUCCCCUCCAUCUCUCUGAAGCCUUAAAAAUAUAGACAGUAGCUAACCCCCUUUUCCCUUCUUUUCUCAACCACAAGGGGAACACAGAUUUUUUUUUAGCCCCUAUGCUUCUUUUUCAGUGACGUUACUGAAGAUUACAUCCAGGAAUAAGAGGAACACGCUAACUUAAAAAAAAAAUGUAAAAAAAAAUCCAUCUCCUUAAGUGAUCUUCAUCAAGAGAAAAAAGUACCAAAAUCGGUGACGUUUUCAUGCCUCGCGCAUCAUAACCCCAUUGACCCCGAACUUGAUGCUUAACACCAGCUCGUCAUUGUAUUGGCAUGCGUUUCAUUGGUGUCACUGUCAGUAUUGGCCUCAAUAGAUUACCUCGCCUUUGGGGUUUGUUGCCUUUUUUGUUUACAGAGAUCUGCCUUCCAUUUUUCCCUGCCGAGUGAAGCGUGUGGUAAUGUGACGAACGUUUAAACCCGGGCCUCUCAUGAUGGUAUAAUGUAUAGGAGGCCUUUGAUGUCUUUGAUGCCAUAUUAGGGUCAGCAGCACAUCUUAUUAACUGUGAAUUAACUGAGGGACAAUGUGCCAUACAUCCCUAGCUUACACUUGGCCUAUUUAUUUUCUUGUCGUCUAGUGUGCAAUUUGAAUUAUAACUGGGACAUCAAGAAAUGUUUUUUUUUUUUUGUUUUUUUUGUAUGUUUGUAUAUCACAAUUUUUGUGUUAACUGCUUCCACUUGUCUUUAGAAAACUACUGUAGGUUCAGUCGAGUCGCUCCUCGUUUUAGAUUUUAGCGCGUCGCCAACACAUAAGGUUUCAUUCGCCCCCUUCCCAGAGUACUUUUGCUGUCACGCAAAUCCUCGGUUGUCUGUAGGUGUUGCUCGGAUAGGGAAGUUGUGUUAUUUUCGAAUCACGCGGAGGUCAGCCGAGUGCAUAACAACAGUAGUUUCACUAAGAUUGAUCUUGCCGUCUGCACAGUUUCUUGCCAGUGUCGAAUAUUCCGUCUCUCAAUGGAAAAAAUGUAUUGCUUGCCACAAUUUGAUUUGCAUUAUGAAGCAAUCGAACUGUUCAUGUGAAAAGCCCGAUAACCCCAAAUUAGUGAAAUAUGAAAGGAGAUGUUUGUUCGGGAGGAGAUUCAAAGAGAUAUUUUGAGUUCACAUUUAAUGACAUUUGAUGACUCGCAGCCUCGGUGGAGCGCAACGGAAACUUUCCUAAAGGCUUGCACCCUUUAAGAACUACGUCAGAUGAAAGAUUGCCGUGUUGAGAGCGCGUAGAGGGAGGUGAAGCUUUGGGGAACUGCAAAUGAUUUUCAGGUCGGUUGAGAGAAACAAAAAGACUUGCUACAGAAGGGCUGAGUUGCGGUUGUGGUGACGCUGAAGAUUCAAGGAUAUAUUGAAAGUGACGAUGAAUUCAAGUUUUUGCUUAAAUUCAUUUUUUUGUGCCUGCUGUUAUAAACCAUUGUUUUAAAAGUAAGAGAAGUACAUAUAUAUAUGUUUACAUAUAUCACCGUGCACACGUAGAGCACUACAGAGGAAAUCGAUGUUGUCUUGACCUAUAGAAACCUGCCUUACAAGGAACCUUGUUAUAGGAAUUGUGAACUAUUUUAUAUGUACUGUAUUUGUAGCCUUAUAAAAGCUGGUUGACUAUAUUUUAUACUGUAACAUACUGUAUGUGCCUUAAAAAGAUUUAAAUCAUUCUGAAGUAUCAGGACCUGGAGGCCAAUUGAAAUUGGGUAAAGACAUGAGGACAGGCUCGGAGUUGGAGCAGUACGCGCGCACGUGGUAACUGUGACGCAAAGUAAGUUUAGCGCAUGUUCAAGAGGUGACAAAGGACAAGAAAAGGAUUCCGUCGCUCUAUUAGCAGUUUUGAACUGGCACGGUGGGUGUUCGCUUCAGCGCAGCUCGCUGGGCUGGAGGCACGGGCUGAAACAGCAUUUCCAUCUGGCAAUAACAAUCCUACUGUGGUCCGUUGUCAUGGAAUAUCAACAAAGAUGUUAUUUUCUUAGUCGACCCUCACAACAGAACGGAGUCGCACACGGAACUGUGGACCUCACUCUUUGUUUUUUCUACCUGUUGUAGUUGUGUUUACCCAAGGAACCGUGGGUUUUGUCAAAAAAAUAUACAUGGUCACUUGCCUAAGUGGGAGGGUUUGCACUGGCUGAUAAUGGUACCGUACAGGUUUGGGAAAUGUAGCUAAAUUCCAUCUGUAGAGUUAAAGGGGCACUCCAGUGAUUCAGAACGGCCUCCGAAGAAUUUGGAAGGCUUGAAGGAAACACUCAAUCACAACAGAGGCUGAGAUAUCCUGACCUCAUGCUCCAAAACGCUGGAUCCUACAUUUCCCAUAAUGCAAUUCAAUAGCAUCUUUCAAUGGACCCUGCUUCAGAGCUGUGGUUGUGGCCAUCUUCCACGUCCACGACAUGUUAACUCUCCUUAAGUAGCACAACAAAGAUCGCACAGUGAUUUGGCCUGAACGCAGUAAAAUCACAUUUCCGUUUCCUGUGAAAGCAGGGUGAAGUCUUGAAGUCAAAAACAAAGUAUUUUCCUAACUGAAUUAAUUGUAUUUUAACCAAAACCAUGAUCUUUUCCCAAAGUUAUUUUGGUGCCUAAACCUAACCACACUGCGACUGUUUCACAUUGUCACUAUGUAACGCACUUAACGUCGUGUCCGUGAGCGCCAUAUAGUCACCGAACUUACCUCCUGCAUGCACCCAUCGAUUAAACUUCACGUCAAAAGUUUGAAACGCGGGCAGUUUGUCAAGAACGUGCCCAAAAUGAACUUACCCUGAUUACGUAAUUGAGACAUAGUCAGGAUUAUUUUCUCAGACUUGACAAAGGUCCUCCAGAUCUACAAUCCGAGGUUAACCCCCUCAACGAGAUACCUGAGCUGAAACUGGUGGAGUGCCCCUUUAAAAAGAAGGAAGUUACAGUUAUGCAUCACUAUCGCUGCAAGUUAAAGACCUAAUCUGACUGAAAGACACUGCUUUCAACCCACCACUGUUGGGAACAAUCCAUUUUUUUUUUUCUUCCUGUUACCAUCAUCUUUCUGUUGCUUUGUGUGAUGACUCUAACCUAACAGGUCUUUACUUCUGUCGUCCACAUAUUCUCAUGUGGCUGUAGUGAGAGAAAUAGAUACCAAUGAUGCCUUUUUGAACUAACCUCAUAAACCGAUAACGAUGUAAUUGUGAUUCACAGAGUUCUGGCAGAACAGAAAUGAGAAGUUUAAGAGUUUGAUUCCGCCCAGAGACAUGGUAUCAAGGCAAAUCAGGAGCCAAUGGAAGCAGCUGAUACAAUACAUGUGCAACAACAACAAGGACAACAACAACAACAACAAAAAGAAGUCUCUGCUUUCAGACGUAAUGUCUUGAAUUACAUAUACUUGACUUUUCUAGUACCUUUUCCGUUCAAAUUUGUUAUUUUCUAUGAAUGAGAUGUGUAUUUUGGAACACUUAAUAGAUGUUGAAAAUUUUAAAGCAAUCUGCAAAAACUCAAGAGUUAUUUCCCUGACAAAGAUAGACUGUUGUAUGUAUAUAUUUGAUGGCCAUCAUUUUCAAGGAUAGUAGCUCUUUUUAAAGUGUUAUGCAAUAUUGAAGCUUUUAUUUGUGUGAAGAAGGGCCUAUUGCUGAGAUAUAAACAAAGCUGGGAGUUUUUUUUUUUGUUUUUUUUCUCUUUAUGUUUUUAAAUAAUCUGAGGGGUUAUCCUGCAGAAAUAUUUAUGGAAAGAUUUUUUACAACACUUUUUGUAUAGAAUAUGCAACAAAGUUUCACUAAGAAGGAAAUAUUGAUGUCUACAUAGAAUAUUAUGAAGAAAAAAAAAGCUGGUACAUAAUUAAUACCCUUUCUCAAUUAUAAGCCAUUGUAUUUUUGUGUUACUGCUUUACGAUGUUAUCAGUGUUGAAUAACCCACAAUGUUAUUCGGUUGCUAUAUGUAACUAAUUAUGAUCUGCCAUUUACAUCCAUACAGUCGCAUGUAUUCAUUUUGUAAACAAUAUUAUGAAGAUAUAUUGUGUUAACAUGCAGAAACCUUUUUUUUUUUUUUUUCUCGAUUAGUGACGGAUACUCACCACUGUAUAAGCACGUUAAACUGUGAGAUGUAGUUUGCUUAAAGCAGCAAUGACAAGAAACUAUUAUAAAACGUUACAGUGUUAUUAGUAGUAGCUUAGGGAGUGUAUACUUUUGUCAAGAAAAGCGUGUGUGACAAAGAACUAUUUUAGAGUUUGCAUGUGCAUGUGUUUGGUUCCGAAUGAAACAUUAUUUUGUGCAAUGUAUUACUUAUUUAAAUACAGUAGUUUGCUCCAGUACAUAUUGUUUUUAACAUUAUCAGCAACUUCUGAUUGUUUAUUACUCCUCAAGUAUUUCAUUUACCGCUAGCGUAGCCUCUACGAGUAAUACAUAUUUACUGGAUGUAAUGUGUUAACACUUACGUGGUCAAUUUGGAAAAGUUGUGUCUGUAUUCUUUACUGUCUGUUUCACUUGAGAUGUUUUGUAAUGCAGUAUUGCAAUAAUGUAAUAUUUGAAUUGGACAGAACACAGGCGUGAGGUAGGUGAGGCGAUGAUUUUCUUUCUUUUUUUUUUUUUUUUUUCGGGAAACAAAGGACAGUCAUGGUUGCGAGAGAAGACCACAGGUCUGUUUUUCAUGUCCAUGAAACGGCAUUCCAAAAUGUGCCUUAUUUGUUAGUUGGGAAAACAUUUUAGUGCUUUAGUGCUGUCGAGAGUUUGAUGAAUAAAAGUCAUAUUGAAUUAGAA